GCGCCGCCCCACGCCCCCGGCCCGGCCCGGCCGCCGCACCCCGCCCCGGCCGGCCCCUCUAGCAUGGUGCGGGGCCGCCGCCGCCUCGUCCUCCGGCUGCCGACAUGGGCGAGAGGCUGGAGCUGCGGCUGAAGUCGCCCGUGGGAGCCGAGCCCGCCGUGUACCCCUGGCCGCUGCCCGUCUACGACAAACACCACGAUGCUGCUCAUGAAAUUAUUGAGACAAUUCGGUGGGUCUGCGAAGAAAUCCCAGAUCUCAAGCUUGCCAUGGAAAACUAUGUUUUAAUUGACUAUGAUACAAAAAGCUUUGAGAGCAUGCAGAGAUUGUGUGACAAGUACAACCGAGCCAUCGACAGCAUCCACCAGUUGUGGAAGGGGACGACGCAGCCCAUGAAGCUGAACACGCGUCCCUCCAACGGGCUCCUGAGGCACAUCCUGCAGCAGGUGUACAACCACUCUGUCACCGACCCCGAGAAACUCAACAACUACGAGCCCUUCUCCCCCGAGGUCUACGGAGAAACUUCCUUUGACUUGGUGGCCCAAAUGAUCGAUGAGAUUAAAAUGACCGAGGAUGAUUUGUUCGUUGACUUGGGCAGUGGUGUGGGGCAGGUGGUGCUUCAAGUGGCUGCAGCCACAAACUGCAAACAUCACUACGGAGUGGAGAAAGCUGAUAUUCCAGCCAAGUACGCCGAGACGAUGGACAGAGAGUUCAGAAAAUGGAUGAAAUGGUAUGGGAAGAAACACGCAGAAUACACACUGGAAAGAGGUGACUUCCUCUCAGAAGAAUGGAGAGAGAGGAUUGCAAACACAAGUGUUAUUUUUGUGAAUAACUUUGCCUUCGGGCCUGAGGUGGAUCACCAGCUGAAGGAGCGCUUUGCAAACAUGAAGGAAGGUGGGAGAAUUGUGUCCUCAAAACCUUUUGCACCUCUAAAUUUUAGAAUUAACAGUCGAAACUUGAGUGAUAUUGGCACUAUCAUGAGGGUUGUGGAGCUGUCACCACUCAAGGGCUCCGUGUCCUGGACGGGGAAACCAGUCUCCUACUACCUGCACACCAUUGACAGAACCAUACUUGAAAACUAUUUUUCUAGUCUCAAAAAUCCAAAACUCAGGGAGGAACAAGAGGCAGCUAGACGUCGUCAACAAAGAGAAAACAAAAGUAACACAACAACUCCAACGAAGAUCCAAGAAAACAAGGAUUCUGGUGCUGAAGAAGAAAAAGCUGCAGCAAAUUCUGUUAAAAAGCCAUCUCCCUCCAAGGCCCGGAAGAAAAAGUUGAGUAAGAAAGGCAGGAAAAUGGCAGGGAGGAAACGAGGGCGCCCCAAGAAAAUGAACACUGCAAGUACUGAACGCAAGACCAAGAAGAACCAAACUGCACUAGAACUUCUGCAUGCCCAGACUGUCUCCCAGACAUCAUCAUCCUCUCCUCAGGAUGCCUACAAGUCACCUCACAGCCCAUAUUACCAACUACCUCCUAAAGUGCAACGGCAUUCGUCCAACCAGCUCCUGGUGACACCCACCCCCCCUGCACUACAGAAGCUGCUAGACUCAUUUAAGAUCCAGUACAUGCAGUUCAUGGCAUACAUGAAAACUCCUCAGUACAAAGCAAGUCUGCAACAGUUACUGGAGCAGGAGAAGGAGAAGAAUGCUCAGCUGCUGGGGACAGCCCAGCAGUUGUUCACCCACUGCCAGGCCCAGAAAGAGGAAAUCAAGCGCCUGUUCCAGCAGAAGCUCGAUGAGCUGGGAGUGAAAGCUCUGACGUACAACGACCUGAUCCAGGCUCAGAAGGAAAUCUCUGCUCACAACCAGCAGCUGAAGGAACAGACCAAACAGCUGGAGAAGGACAACAGUGAACUCAGGAACCAGAGCUUGCAGCUGCUGAAGGCUCGGUGUGAAGAGCUGAAGCUGGAUUGGUCAACGCUGUCACUGGAGAACUUGCUGAAAGAGAAGCAGGCCUUGAAGAAUCAGAUUUCUGAGAAGCAAAAGCACUGUUUGGAACUGCAGAUCAGCAUCGUGGAACUUGAGAAGAGUCAGCGGCAGCAGGAGCUGCUGCAGCUCAAGUCCUACACGCCCUCGGAGGAGCCCCUGUCAGUGCAGCUGCACAGCAAGAGCCACCUGAGCCGUGAGCCCGAGGCUGAGCACGGCAGGUUCCAGCUGGAGCUGGAGUGCUCCAAGCUCCCCAUGCCCCACAUGAACGGCAUGAGCCCCGAGCUGUCCAUGAACGGCCACGCCACCCCCUACGAGCUGCAGCACGCCUUCAGCCGGCCCUCGUCCAAGCAGAACACCCCCCAGUACCCCAGCUCCCACCUGGAGCAGGACAUCGUGCCCUGCACGCCCAGCCACAGCAGGCAGAAGGCAGACAGGGUGACCAGCCUGGCCCUCCCUGACUACACCAGGUUUUCCCCAGCUAAAAUCGCCCUGCGCAGACACUUGAAUCAGGACCACGGAGUCAAUGGGAAAGCUACAGCUAGUGAGAUACAGAGAGCUGAGCAUGUCAAAGAGAAUGGCCUUACAUAUCCAAGCCCUGGAAUUGCAAAUGGCAUAAAGCUGAGUCCUCAGGAAACUCGGCCCUCCUCCCCUGCGGCCUUACCCAGUGCAGGAGAGAAGGUUUUGAGAGAGAGAACCUCUGUGAGUAAUGGAGAAACGAUCACCAGCCUCCCUAUCAGUAUUCCUCUGAGCACAGUGCAGCCCAAUAAACUCCCUGUUAGUAUCCCUCUGGCCAGCGUAGUCCUACCUAGCCGUGUUGAGAAGGUGAGAAGCACACCCAGCCCAGUUCACCAGAGCAGAGACUCCUCGACACUUGAAAAGCAGAUUGGUGCUAGUUCUCAUAAUGGCAUAAGCAAUGCUGCUGGAAACAAGCCUCUGGCUUUGGCUACCUCAGGUUUUUCUUACUCUUCUGGCUCCGUGGCAGUCAAUGGAAAUCUUACAAACAGCCCAGCCCAUCUUAACCAUAGUGUUGAUCAGGCAGCUCUGGACGACUCUGGGAGUCUCUUUAACUCUGUAGGGUCUCGGAGUUCCACUCCACAACAUCCUUUGCUAAUGAUGAGGAACUCUGGGCAGAACUCCCCUGCUCAGCAGCACUCGAGCCCCCGCUUAAGUGGCCCGGCCCAGAGCCUGGCAGGGGGACUGCAGAGUGCAGAGGCUCAGAAGAUCUUUGCCGAAGGAACAAAGGGGGACCUGCAGUCUGAUGCAGCGUUUUCAGACCCUGAGAACGAGGCCAAGAGGAGAAUCAUCUUUACAAUCUCUCCUAAUACAGGACAUGUAAAACAAUCCCCUUCCAGCAAGCACAGCCCCGCGCCCGCCGGCGGCCAGGCCCACGCGCAGGACGGGAAGAAGCGGGGCCGGCGGAAGAGAUCCUCCGCCGGGAACGCCAGCGGGAACGGCGCCGUCUCCCCGAAGCGCAAAGCCCUGCCCUCGGUGGCCGGGCUCUUUACGCAGCCCUCGGGCUCCCCGCUCAAUAUCAGCUCCAUGGUCAAUAACAUUAACCAGCCCUUAGAAAUAACAGCCAUUUCCUCUCCUGAAAACUCCCUGAAGAACUCUCCUGUUCCUUACCAGGACAAUGACCAGCCCCCAGUGCUGAAAAAGGAGAAGCCCCUCGUUCAGAGCAACGGUGUCCAUUACUCCCCCCUGACAUCGGAUGACGAGCAGGGCUCUGAGGAUGAGCACAAUAGCAGCAGAAUUGAGAGGAAAAUUGCAACAAUAUCGUUGGAAAGCAAAUCUCCACAGAAGACUGUUGAAAAUGGUGGCAGCUUAUCGGCGAGGAAACAAGCACAAAACAACGAGAACAUGAACAGCAGCAAAUGGAAAUCGACGUUUUCACCGAUAUCUGACAUCAACCUGACCAAAACCACAGACAGCCCCUUGCAGGCGGCGUCAGCUCUGAGCCAGAACUCCCUGUUUGCCUUCAGGCCGCCCUCCGAGGACGGGCUGGCCAUGGACACCAAGGUGCCAGGACACCCCAGGAAGGGCCUGGCCGUGCCCUCGGACGGGCUGAGCCCCGGCACAAACCCCCCCAAUGGCUUCAGCUACAACGGGGGCCUGUCCUCGGAGCUGGGCCUGCACGGCUUCAUGGACGGCGCCGCUCUGCCGCACAAGGCUGCGGACGGGACGGGCCCCAGCUGCUCCCUGGGCUUCCCCUCGCAGCGAGGCAAGGACCUGGGCGUGUCAGACACGAACCUCUUCCUGAACAAGAGGCAGCUGGAAGGGCUGGGCACCAAGGGAGAAGAGCUGAGCCGGCCGGGGGCGAAGGGCAAGGAGCUCAGCGAGCUGAGCGCCCGAGCCGGGGGGUCUGCGGACAAAAACUCUGUGCAGCACAACGGAAAGGUUGGCAAGGGAAGGGACCGAGACGUGGAGUUCAAGAACGGCCACAACCUUUUCAUUUCUGCUGCUGUUUCGUCUGGUGGCCUUCUGAAUGGUAAAAGCCUUUCUACUGCUGUCUCCUCAGCAGGGAACCCAGCGCCGUCUGUCCCGACGCACCAUCCUUUCCUCAACACUCUGACCACUGGAUCGCAGUUCCCCCUCGGCCCCAUGGCCUUGCAAGCAAACCUCAACUCGGUGACAAAUUCCUCAGUAUUGCAGUCCUUAUUUAAUUCAAUGCCAGCUGCUGCCAGUCUGGUCCACGUGUCAUCAGCUGCAACCAGACUGACUAAUUCUCACACUAUGGGGAACUUCUCUCCUGGGGUUACAGGUGGAACAGUUGGAGGUAUUUUUAACCAUGCGGUGCCUUCUGCCUCCUCUCCUCAUCAGUUUGGAGCCAGUUUCAGCAGCAGUGCUGUCUCUAGCAGCACCGUGCUAAGCUUAAACCCUCUGCAGGCUGUUGCCAGCACCUCAUCCUCAUCCUUCCCACCCUCUUCCUCUAAUUUAGUAACAUCUAGUGAGACUAGACCUGCUCAGCACCUCAACAGAGCACCAGUGCAAUCUGUCUUCCAUCCCCCUCCUCCCCCUCCUAACGUGUCCUUGCCUCCCCCUCCUCCUCUACUCACUUCUAACUCCGAGCCUGCUCUCCUGCAGAACCUGCCCUCCAUCCCCCCCGGCGAGACGUUCCUGCCCUCCUCCUGUGCUCCUGUGCAGCCUAACUCCUCUGUGUCUGUUAAAUUGGCUUCUCUGCAGCACAAACCCUCCCGCCCCUCCUUUACCGUGCACCACCCGCCCCUGCCCCGCGUGCUCCCGCAGCCCAACGCCGCUGGCACGGCCGCUAUGUGGGUGACCCUUGGCAUGCAGCCUCCUUAUGCUUCGCACCUUUCGGGGGUUAAGCCACGAUAAAGAGCUUGCUUAGCUAACAGUUCUUGUUUUGUAAGGUAAGGCCAGACACAAAACCGGAGGAGUUUGCGUGCGAGAUGCUCACUGACGCUUCUUCCUUUUGCAGAGAGAGGUUGGGGCCGGGCUCCGUCAAACAGAAACCUCUGAAACGGGGAAAGUGACCUCCAAAAUGGGGGGGAGAAACCUCUAAAGUGGGGAGAGAAACCUCUAAAAUGUGGAGAGGAAUCUCUAAAAUGUGGGGAGCAAAUCACCUGGUGGCAGAGGAUGGAAAGUGUUGGUGCUCUCUGUUCUGGGAGUCAGGAUUUCUCGACAAAAAGUGCUCACAGGGGUAACUCUGCUCUGGCUCAGGGUUAUGUUCAGGCUGAGAUCUCUUCAUAGAAAGAGUCUUUAUUCUGGAGGUAGUAACAGGAGGAGAUGUCUCUUUUCCAUGUGGUUUUAUACAGUGUGUGUUGCCCAUCUGAUCCCCCUCCCCUCCUGCACAGCCUGUUUAUCCCAAACCAGUCCUUGUCCAUAGUGCUGAGGUGCCCAAAGGUGCCUCUUUGUACCUCUGUGUGACAACGUGGUGGUCAGUAAAAACUGCCAGUCAACAACAGCUGCUCGAAAUAGUCCUAAAGUUAAAAAUCUCAAGGUUAUAAGCUUCAAAUUCCCUGGGCCUGCAGUGCAGUCAGUGUCCCCUGCAUCACUGGAAACACAACCACAGGUAGCAGAGAAGGGCUGUGACUCCCCUGUCACUUCCCUGUGCUGGACUUGCUGCCAGGACUGGCAGGAACAGUCUCAGCAGAUGUUUUAUUUUUGCUCACAAGCCCUGAGAGCACAGGGAACGUGCAGAGGGAAGUGGGCUCCACUCUCCACAAAUGCAGUAGGAGUGGAGGGUUCUGGAGGCUGCGUGCAUUUCUCCUGAAGCAGGUAUUUAUUGAACUGUCUCUAGAGCUGCUCCAGAAUAAACUGUACCACCACAGAGCUGGGUACUGUGGUUCAUGCAAACACUCUGUGGCAAUCCUGCUGUACCAACUCGUGCUUGCCAAGUGCAUCCAGCCCCGGAGCUGGCCCCGUGCUUUCCUUGUAGGUCUGUGAUGUUGUUGCUGUCCACUGGUACCAAAGCUACAAAAAACGUGGUUGAACACACUUUGCUGCUUAUAAAACUCGAUUACAACAUACCUGAGAGAGCCUCUGUGCAUUGUGUGUAGUGUCUUCCUCAUCAAAUUCCUCCUCAGACACCACAAACCCCUGGUUAGGCUUUUGGGAGGCACGUAAGUAUUGCCAGGUGGUUCCCUGCAGGAAAGGGAGGCUGAGCAAGGGCUCUGUGUGCCAGCAGAGAGGUGGGCAUGGAAAACCCCAAAUGGAGAGAGGAUGGGAUGGUGAGGAGGGUCAGUCUGGGCUCUGUGUACGAGGGCAGUGUGAGAGUCUCUGCUGGAAUUGCCUGGAACUGAGGCCAUGCUGGACUAGGAUCCAUCAGGUGUGACAGCCUCUAUCGCUGAAAAACACUGAAAAUAGAGGCAAAGCACAAAAGGGACUUGUGGAAGAGCAGCUGGGUGUCAAAUCUGGGUUGUGGAGCACAGGAGCAGAACUGAGGGUACCAGAGGUGGUUGUGAUCCCCAGCCCUGUGACUCUUUGAGCAGUGUCCUUGACCUCAGUGAGAACAGAGGUGUUCAGUCCUUGAGGGACCAGGCUGGAACCAGAAUUGGGGACUAAAAUAAUCUGCUUUGAUUCUCUUCUGCGGAGGCAGGCAGGGAGAGCUGGGGCUGCUCACCUGGGGAAGAGAAGGCUCCAGGGAGAGCUCAGAGCCCCUUGCAGGGCCUGAAGGGGCUCCAGGAGAGCUGGAGAGGGACUGGGGACAAGGGAUGGAGGGACAGGACACAGGGAAUGGCUUCCACUGCCAGAGGGCAGGGCUGGAUGGGAGAUUGGGCAGGAAUUGUUGGCUGUGAGGGUGGGCAGGCCCUGGCACAGGGUGCCCAGAGCAGCUGUGGCUGCCCCUGGAUCCCUGGCAGUGCCCGAGGCCAGGCUGGACAGGGCUUGGAGCAGCCUGGGACAGUGGGAGGGUGUCCCUGCCAUGGCAGGGGUGGCACUGGAUGGGCUUUGAGGUCCCUUCCCACCCAAGCCUUUCUGUGAUUCAUAAUGUCCCUCCCACAGAAUAAUAACAAAACUCAAAGCAGAUUAACUUUUACUUUAAAAAAGUGGAAGUAUUGAGGGGGGAAAUACCUUUUUUUUAUUCUUUUCCCUUCACUUGAUGUCAGAGUUCAACACAGUCACAGCUUGAAAAACUGCAGCAUUUUGGAGGGGCCACGUGUCCCUUGGAACAUCCAUCCUUUCCUCUACUGGGGACUGGGUCAAGAUUUGCUUCAUCUGAGGAGGUCUUGGAGCAAUGUAGGAAUGCUUGACACAUCUAACAACACAGCAGAUUUUUGCCUUUUAUUUAGAUGAGUCUCUUCCUCUCCUCCUGUUGUGCAGGUAACUAGGAUUUCUACCUCAACCCAAUGUGACCUAUGCAAGGACAACGUGGACCAACUUCACUCGGCUUCCACUGAAAGGUGCUCACCUGGCCUGUGCAGGGGUUUCUACUCUCUUACUACUGGACAAAUUAAAAACCAUAAAAAAGACCUAAACAACAGAGCAAACAUUUACUGUGAAUCUGAGUAAAAAAAAAGGCAAAAAAGGCAAAAAAAAAAAAGGCAAAAGAAAUGCUUAAUGCUCCAGUUUGUAUUGUUGAUAGUUUAGAUAUCUAAAAUAUUUAUCUUUUUUUUAAAGUGAAAACAAUUUUGACUUAUUUUAUUCCACCUAGACUCAUAAGUACAAGUUAUUAUUAUUAAAUUCUCUGAAUACUAAAGGACUGGCACACCAGCAGAGAUGUAAAAGAGCCUCCUCGGUGCUAUUUUGUCCGUCAGAACUGUGCCUCUGGUUUGAAUCCUUGGUGCUGAUUUUGGGGGGUUGAGCAAUGCCAAACCCACUUCUUCAAGGUCUGCAGAUUAUUUAUUCCCCUGACUCUGUUCAUAUCCCCAAAUCCUCUUGGUUGGCAGCCGGGGCUGGCAGAGGAAGGAAUUCUCCUCCCUGGGGGUUCGGUUUGGACUGAGCCAGGCGCUUUUGAACUGGGUGGGUUUUAAUUGAGUUUGUGACUAACGAGGGCUCUGUGCUCCCCUCUGGAGCAGUCUGGGCAGGCCCAGCCCACGCAGGCACAGUUGGAACAGGAGAAAUCCAAGUCCUGCCCCAUCCCAACUCCUUCCCUGGGCCAUUUGCAGUUGCUGGUGGCACUGGGGUCACUGUGAAUUUUGGUAGCUGGUUGGUAACUCUCUCCUUGGGGCUGGCCUUGGUGUAUGGACACGGGUUGUGCUGCCUGGUGCUGGUGCAGCCCCUCCCCAGCGUUGGGAAGGAUGAACAUUGUGUUUCUGUCCUGCUGCAGGGUGCAGAGUUUGCUCAGCUUGUUGUUUUUUUGUUCCAAGCACGACGCGUUUCCUUGGUAGGGUUUCAGUACUUGACUCCGACCCGGCUUGGCCGUGUACAUGAAUUGACAAGGUGCAUUUUGCUUUUGUGUUCCUUUGCUUUGGAGUAGGUUUUUGGAUGGUAGUUCACAAAAACACCCUGACCUGGCUGCCUGUGCUCCCUCCCCUGGGGCAGGGACUUGUGUCGUGACUCGGUGUCGUGUGUGCAGGGAGGGCCGAUUUUAUAGAGCUGUGAUGAAAACUUCUAGGUUUCCUAUGCUUUAUUUCCUGUAUUUUUAGGUUGUACAAUGCACAAUGAACCUGUAAAAACUUAUUUAUUGAAGUGCACAAAGUGAGGAGGAGAAGGAGGAUUCAUUUAAGUAGAAAUCAGGCAGGUCUGAGAUCAGGCCGGGCCAAGCACCAAUAAAGGAAAUUACCAUAGAAAGGGGAUUGCAACAGCAAAAUGACUGGAAAAAAAUCACAUUCAGGCUUUGGAAAACACCUCCCUGCUGGCUCUGGUGCUCAGAGGGACAACACUAUGUCCUUAAAUUCCUUCUAUGCUCCCUGGUGAGUCUCCCACUGCAGCAAUCAGGCACUGGCAGGAGCUCCAUGGAGCAUCCCGGGGUCACAAAGAGCUGCUCAGCUCCUGCCUCUGCGUUUGGGGUCAGUGAGGUCCCUGUGCCCUCCUGUGCCCUCCUGCGCCCUCCUGCGCCCUCCUGUGCUCUCCUGUGCCCUCCUGUGCCCUCCUGUGCCCUCCUGUGCCCUCCUGUGCUCUCCUGUGCCCUCCUGCUGCCUGCAUCCAGCAGGGUUGGAAGUGUUUGGAGAGGGGCUGAGGGGCUGCAGCAGCUCCCACCCUCUGCAGGGUUCAGCUCUCUGUGCUUCAUCCUGGGCAGUCCCAGGAGAGAUUCAGGACCAAGUGCAGUUGUUUUGUUGAUUCCUGAGUGUGUCUUCCAUGGGAGCCUCUGUGUGCAGGCACUGGGGUCUGGCUUUGCCUCCUUAUCUGCUGGGAAGGGACUGAAAGCCCUGGGAGCUGGGGGCAUUCUGGAACGUUUUCUGCUUUGUGUGUCCUGCUGAGGGCCUGGCAGCAUGAGAAAAACCUGGAAAAGGGCAGGAAAGCUUGAGGGGUGAGAGCUGAGGAACAUCCAGUAGCUUCUCGUAGGAGCCAAACUCAGUGUAUGUCCUGGAAUCCAGGAGCACAAUGUAACCCAGAUGUUUUGCAGCUGGGAGUUGGGCAGCUCCAGCUUCUUCCCCAGCACACAGCAGAGUGCUGGGGGCUCUGGAGACUGUGAAUGAGUGAUUGCUGGAGGGGCAGCAGCCUUAAUUAAUUUCCUAAUUACCUCUCCCCCAUCGUUUAUAUCUCUGGUGAGAGAGAGAGGAGGAAAUACAAGUAGAAGCUUUUCAUCCCCCUGAUUUUAUCAGAUUCUUUCCUGCUGAGGAACCAGGAUAGGGUUCCCCUUGGAGCUCUUGUGCCUCCCUUCACCUCCAACCACGGAGAUCCAGGAAGAAAACUCUGCUGCCAUCCCUUGUCCUGGUCUGGUUGGUGCCCAAGGCACUCACAGGAUUCGUGCUGGAGAAGGAGCCAACCACAGAUUCCAUGGAGCCCUCUGUGCUUCCCAGGGCUGCUGGAGGAACGGUGUGCUCUGCAUCCAGGAGUUCUGGGGAGCCAGACUGAGCUGUCACAGAGGUCAGGGUGGCCUGGGCACUCUCUCCCCACAGCUGGACUCGCUGAUCUGAAAGAUCUUUUCCAACCUGAGCAGUUCUAGGAUUCCAGGACCCUUUGGAGCAAAGGCCAUGGUGAGGAGUUGGUCACCUGCUCUUGGUGGGUGUUGUGGAGAAGCAAAGCCCGUCUGUCCCUUGGUGUCACCUUUGGUCACUGCCUUGGUGGGCAGCAGUGUCCGAGGCAGGGCUGGCUCAGGAGCAGCCUCGGGAAUGGGCAGCACAGCCCUGGAGCUCAGCACUCAGCUGGGACUGAGCACUGCCACCAUCCCUGCAUUUCUCAGUCUGUGGCUCUGCAGACAUCAUCCAGGAAAGCCCAAGGAACCAGACCCAGGAAUGAACCUUUGGGAUUCCUGGAAAGAAUCCAGGAAUCCAGUCUGCCUGAGCCUUCCCCUGCCUGUGCACCACUGCCUGCAGGCACCCAGUGCCUGCUGCUCCCACCCUGCCGUUCCUCUGGCCUUGCUGGUGUCUUCCCCCCACGCCAGGCCCUGCCCUGUGACUGCUCCUGGGGUGAUUCCCAAACUCUGCUUCCAGAGGGGCCUGCUCAGCUCUGAGCUGGGAAGCCAAGGGGGCAGUUGGGGACUUGUGCCUCGGCACUGGCUGAGCUGGGAGAUGUUUUUGCCAAGAGAUUCCUGGUUUUGUCUUCCCUCUCCCUGACCUUUUAUUGCUUUGCCAUGAUCUGGAGCAAGCUCAGCUUGAAGUUGUGGAAUCACAGACCAUCCUGAGUUGAAGGGACCUGGAGGCUCGUUGAGUGCAGCUCCUGGGCAGUCUCUGACUGCUCUGCACAUUGGGAAGAGCUUUCACCUGGCUGGAGGCAGACCUUGGAGCUGCUGGGAUCUGAUCCAUGUGGCCACAGCUGUGACCCCACUGCUGGAACACUGAGCCAGAAGCUGAAACCUGUUUGCAAUAAUUGAAGAUCCUCUGGAGCAAUCAAAGCCAAACAGUUCCAGAAAAAAAGAGAAUUUCUCCUGCUGGUGCCGGGUCCAGUUGUUCUGAGGCUGUCACACAAUUCCCCCUCCUCCACGCCCCUGCUGCCAGCAAGGAAGAGCAGGAAGCAAAAACACAUCUUGGAGCAAGCUGCUGCCAAAGAAAUGGAACUUCCUGAGUGCUGUGCUGAGGAAAACCUGUCCCUGCAGCUAAAUGUCAGCCUUGAGGAACAAGACUUGCGUGGGCUCUUCCUUUUUUGGGGAUUUGCCACCUCUGGCUCGCCAGGCCCAGUCCCCUGGGUCCCACGGUGCUGGGAGGGUUCCAGAGGCACUGGACCUAAAUUUGGGAUUUGCUGCAGAUGAGUCAUUCAGCAGCAAUUCUUCUUCCAUCAGCCAGGGGUGUGGGGACACCUAGCAGUUGGAUUGCUGAGGGAGAGAGAGGGGAAAACAUCGCUGAGGGUGCAGAGGCUGGAUCUGAGCUGGUGCAGGGGAAAAUGGGGGUAAAUCCAUCACCUCUCACCUCUCACAAACGAGGCUGUUCCCUGCAGGAAGGUGUGGAUCAGUCUGGACAACCAGGGAACAUCUUCACCUCAGCUCAGUUGUGGAUGCAGUGGGAGAGAGGAGGAGAAGAGAUUUUAGGAAAGCAGCAGGGAGUGCAGCAGAUCCUCACUGUCCCUGGCAUUCCAGGACUGAGCAUCACCUCCAGCUCCUUCUGAUCAGCAGGAGUUUGUGUCUCCUCGACCAGACAGAUCAGAAAUUCUUGUGCUUCCAUCUCUUUUCCUUCCUUCCUGUUGGGGACAGCACUUUAUCUUCCAGUGCAGGCUUUGUGCUGCACCUGCUCUUGCCUGGGUUUGGCUCUGGGCUCAGCCUGGCACGGGCAGUGCCAUCCCCCUGUGCCAGGACUCACGGGUGGGAUCCAGCUGAGCCUGGAGGGUCUGAGUCUGGGAUCACACCCACAGCCCCUGGAGUCCUGCAGGCAGGAGGAUGAUAUCCCUUAGUCAUGAAUGGAUUUACUCAUCUCUUUUUGUAUCCAGAGAUUCCAAAUCCCCGGGACUUGACACUCCUUAGUGUGAAACUUGCCCAGCUCUGGGUCACGCUCAGUUCAAGCACUGAGUCACUUUCCUCUUUCUUUAGUCAAAUUUAAUCCUUGAGGAAGUCACUUGAGCAAUUGCAGGGAGUGGAGAGGUUUCCAGCCUGCUCAGCUCUUCCAUCCCAUCUGGAAACAUCUCCAGGGGCAUGGCUGGGGACUGUUUUCCUUCUGAGACCUGUGCUGGGGUCACUUCUUCAGCCUUCUUUGGGGUUGGACUAAAUGACCUUUAAAGGUGCUUUCUAAUCUUUCCAAACUGUUCUGAUUCCCUGUACAGACACAUCUGGGAGGAGGUGGGGGAGAGCCAGACCUGCCUCCCCUGCUGCCCCUGCACCCCAGCACUGGGGGGUGCAGCAGCUCAGGUGCUCCCCACUGCAGUGAAUUCACUGCCUGGUCAUUGUUUCAAUCUCAUCCCUUGGAAGAGCCUGGAUCUUCCUGUUCUGCUCCCUCCUCUGCCCCUUCCUUUCUUGUGGCCAUGGACAGGCAGCCUGGGGUUUGCUUCUUGCUGGGAUUGUAUGUCCAGAAAGCAGCAUCUGCUACCCCCACCCGUUAUUUUUCCACUUGGAAGAGAGUCCAGGCAGAGGAGAGGCCGAGGGAGGGGUGGCAGGGACAGUCCCAGCAGUGCAGGGACACCCAGCCCUGGCUCAGGAGGGGACAGCCCGUGCUUGCAGCUCCUCUGAGUCCCUGCAGGGCCCACCUUGUGGGGGUCUGUGGGGUCUCUGGGACCUGUGGGAUCUCUGGGAUCUGUGGGAUCUCUGGGAUCUGUAGGAUCUCUGGGAUCUGUGGGAUCUCUGGGAUCUCUAGGAUCUGUGCCCUCGGGUUGCUCCGGCUCCCCUGCCCCUCUCCAGGUCCUGCCGAUUGCUGCCAGGGGAGGCUCCCAGCACUGGGAGCUGUGCUCAGGCUGCUGCUGGUGAUUCCCCUCCCUGCUCAGCCUUCCCUGGGCCCUUCCUUCCCUUUUCAGCCGGGUCUGGAGCUCCCCCGAGCCCUGGGGACGCCUGCCCAGCCUGCCCGGGUGUCCCUGUCCCCCCGGGGUGCUCCUGGAGCAGCCGUUCCCGAGGAUUCCGGGAUUUCUCCUGGUGCUGAGCUGGCUUUGGGCACGUCCUGUGUGACCCUUUUGCUUUCGGUGCUGGAAUUUGCCCUCUGAUCCAGGGCGUGGAAACCUGAGGGUUCUCUCUGUGGUUUUUUCCUGGGUAACUCCACCCUGGAGUUAUCCCAGCUCCCAGGGGUGGCUGUUGUGGAAAAUUCUGCUUUUCUUGUUCUGCCUGAGCCAAGAGCACAGAGGGGAUCAAGGACUGUGAGCAAGGGAGGGCCUUGGGCAGGGCUGAACCCCAAAUCCUUGUGGGGAGCAGAAACUGCGCAGUGUUUUUGUGAACUAUCUCUGCAGCACUGAGGAACAUUCACAGGAAUUGGAGUUUGGGGAGCACAGAUGUGCAGUCAGUGUAUGAAUAUUUGAAGUCUUACUGGUUUUAAAGGGUUUUUUUCUUCUCUUUUUUUUUGUUCCAUUUCCAUUUUCCGCUCCAUUUGCGGAUCGAGUUUUCACUAAAAGCUGGAGUUCCACUUUCAAAAUGUUGUUGUGCCAUAUUUUAUUUAUCCUUAUACAUUAUAAAUAUAUAAAUAUCUAUUUAGAUUGAAUAUUGCAUUGAAAGAUGCUGUUAUUGGGAACUUCAGGGUUUAAACCUGAGACAAAAAAAUUGGGAAAUAAUUCUCCAGUACUUUUGCUGUUUGGGACCUUCUUCCUGAAGAGGCUCCUUGAGUUCUUUAUGGUGUAAAAACAAAAUCACAUCCAAAAAUUCAAAGUUUGACAAUGCUAACCCUGAAGUUCUCAGGUUUGUGAUCCUUUGGUUUUCUUGAGGUACAUCUGGUUGCUUUUCUGGUGCAGUCAAAUAAUUUUUUUAAAGGUUUUGUCUCUGGAGUUAUUGAGGAAAAGGUGGAAUGGGUUGAUCCAUCCUGCUUGGCUUUUUUAACCUAUUAAUCUUUGAAGUGAUCCAUUUCCAAUUAAAACCCAACUUUUUAGGUCUCUGUUCUAUUUAAACUUUUUAGGAGUGAGAGCCUGCCCUCGCUGAGUGGGACUUGGAUGGGGAAAGCAGUAGAUGAUGAGGUUGCUGUUGCUCAGGAAUUGAUUAGUAAACUUUUAACUACUAAUAAAAAUCCAUUUUGCAAUGGAUUUUUAGAAAAACCCAUUUUCUUAGGACAGUGAUAUGGGAUGUUUCCUAGUGAAUAGGAAUUAGUUUAUAUAGUUUAGCCUAUUAAACUGAAUUAUUUAAAAUUCAAACUUCCCCUAAUUUAUCUCUUUUUUUUUGGUUAUUUUUUUGUUUUCAUUUUUUUUUAAAUACUGGUAAGUUGUCCUGUCAUUCCUUUCAUUCCUGCCUAGCAGUAGUGUGAAUUCUGGUGUGUAUAUAUGUAUGUAUAAUAUAUAUAUUUCCACCCGGCCUUUCUAAUUCUCCACAAUGUAAGAGUUAGUUUUUGCUCCCCUCCCUCCACUUAAUUUCUUGUGUCUCCCUUGAUUUGUAAUUGAAAUGAUGCUUUGAAGUUUUGUCUUUAUAUUAAAGUGUCUGUAUUUUAAUACAC